AUGGGCCACGACAUGAGCUCCAUGGGCGGCGGCUCCGCAUCCGGCGGCGCAGAUACCUCCAGCCCCAGCUACGACCCAGAUUCUCCCUCCACCAGCAGCGCAUCCGGCGGCGCAUCUGGCGGAGGCAUGUCGAUGAUGAUGAUGCAGAUGUGGUUCUAUUGGGGCCCGAACGUGACUAUUCUGUUCGAAAAUUGGAAGACUAGCAGCUGGGGGUUCUAUCUCCUCGCGUGCUUCCUCGUGGUGGUGUUUUGCGUGCUUCACGAGUUCCUCACGUCGUUCCGGCUCAAGCUGUCUGCUACUCGCCGAUGCCGCGUGAAGGACGCCGAACAAGGUGAAAACUUCACCAACGUCGCCAGCAGCAAGAAGGCGCACCACUGGCGGCCGCUCCUGGACCGCCUGGCAUUGACGGGCAUAUACGCACUCAACCUCACCUUCAGCUAUGCCAUCAUGCUCAUCAUCAUGACAUUCAACAUUGGCCUCUUUAUUGCGGUCGUUCUCGGCCUCACUAUUGGCUUCUUCUUUUUCGGAGCCAAGAGGCGGAAGAACUCGUCGGAUAGGCCGAUUGUGGAGGAGGCGCAGGAGGAGAAUUGCUGUGGCGGGGGUACUUCAGAUGUGUGCUGCGCCGCUCCAUAA